AUGGCUGAACUACGCGACCAAGUUUCCCAGUACAUAGGCUUCGAACCAAAUGAAAUUCGCCUCCCGAUCACAGAAGAGGAUAGGUGGCUAUUUAGUAAGAUAAUAUCAGAUCAGAAAGGAAUGGCAGAUAUCGUAAUGGGUGACUAUCGAUUUUUACAACAUCAUGGGCAUAAUGGUAAGGGAGGUGAUUUGAUUCAUAUUGGAUGGUUAUUUGCAUGUACGAUGGCCCAAGCUAAAAAAGUCUUGAUAAAUCCGUCUGAGCGCCAAGCCGAAAGAGAUUUAUCAGAAAAGGUAUUAGCUCAUAUCCAAAAAAGAUUCGAAGAAGUCCCAUUAGCGCCAGUACUUAUACGGUAG